GCGGGAGCGGGAGCCGAGCGGAGCCGCCGCCGCCGCCGCCGCGAGCGCCGAGCAUGGUGAUGGCCGAGCCCCGGCGGCCCCCCGCGCUGCUGCCCCGCGGGCCCGGGCCCGUGCGCGUCGGCUUCUACGACAUCGAGGGCACGCUGGGCAAGGGCAACUUCGCCGUGGUCAAGCUGGCGCGGCACCGCAUCACGCGCAGCGAGGUGGCAAUAAAAAUCAUUGACAAAUCCCAGCUGGAUGCCGUUAAUCUGGAGAAAAUCUAUCGAGAAGUGCAGAUAAUGAAAAUGCUCGACCACCCCCACAUUAUAAAGCUCUAUCAGGUGAUGGAGACCAAAAGCAUGUUGUACCUUGUGACAGAAUAUGCCAAAAAUGGAGAAAUUUUCGAUUAUCUUGCCAACCACGGCCGUUUGAGCGAAUCGGAAGCCAGGCGCAAAUUCUGGCAAAUCCUCUCUGCGGUGGAGUAUUGUCAUAGCCGGAAGAUAGUGCAUCGUGACCUCAAGGCGGAGAAUCUCCUGCUCGAUAACAACAUGAACAUCAAAAUAGCAGAUUUUGGGUUUGGAAACUUCUAUAAAAGCGGGGAGCCUCUGACCACCUGGUGUGGAAGCCCACCCUAUGCAGCCCCGGAGGUCUUCGAAGGGCAGCAAUACGAGGGACCCCAGCUGGAUAUCUGGAGCAUGGGUGUAGUUCUGUACGUCCUAGUUUGUGGAGCAUUGCCUUUCGAUGGACCUACCCUCCCCAUUCUGAGGCAGCGAGUUCUGGAAGGAAGAUUCAGGAUCCCUUAUUUCAUGUCAGAAGAAUGCGAGCACCUGAUUAGGAGGAUGCUGGUCCUAGACCCAUCCAAGAGGCUGACAAUUGCUCAGAUUAAGGAGCACAAGUGGAUGCUAAUAGAAGUUCCUGUGCAGAGACCCAUUCUCUAUCCGCAAGGACAGGAGAACGAGCCUUCCAUUGGAGAGUAUAAUGAGCAGGUUUUGCGGCUGAUGCACAGCCUUGGAAUAGACCAGCAGAAAACGAUUGAGUCACUGCAGAACAAGAGUUAUAACCAUUUUGCUGCUAUCUAUUACCUGUUAGUGGAGAGACUCAAGUCGCAUCGGAGCAGCUUCCCCGUGGAGCAGAGGGUCGAUGCUCGCCAGCGUCGGCCCAGCACCAUUGCUGAACAAACAGUCGCCAAGGCACAAGCUGUGGUGGCUUCCGUGAACCUGCGUUCACAGAAUGUACGGCUGCUGAGGUCUCCGGGUCUGCCCUCAACCUCUGCUGCAGAAGUCUUCUCCUUCCCCCCAUCCAGCUGCCAGGCGGAGUCAGCCUUCAUGGAGGAAGAGAGAGUUGAUACACCAAAGAUAAAUGGCUGCCUACUGGAUCCCGUGCCCCCUAUCAUGAUGAGGAAAGGAUGCCAGUCGCUGCCCACCAGCAUGAUGGAAACCUCUAUCGACGAGGGGAUCGAGACGGAAGGCGAGCCAGAAGAUGACCCUGCACAGGCCUUCGCGGCUCUCCAAGCAACCCGCUGUGGAAAGAGACGUCACACUCUGGCUGAAGUGACCAACCAGCUGGUCAUGAUGCCAGGCACAGGGAAAGUCUUCUCUUUGGAUGAGAACCAGUCUUUGGGCAGCAUUGACUCCGAGUACGACAUGGGCUCCAUUCAGAGGGACCUCAACUUCCUGGAGGACACCCCGUCCCUGAAGGAAAUGGUGCUGGCCAACCAGCCGGCGCCUAGAAUGACCCCCCCCUUCAUAGGCCUGAGACCUGCCAAUCCAGCCAUGCAGGCGCUGACCUCCCAAAAACGCGAGGCUCACAACCGCUCCCCCGUCAGCUUCCGAGAGGGGCGCAGAGCCUCCGACACGUCUCUCACGCAAGGAAUUGUAGCAUUCAGACAGCACCUUCAGAAUCUGGCACGAACCAAAGGAAUCUUGGAGCUGAAUAAAGUCCAGCUGCUCUAUGAACAGAUGGGAUCAGAGGAAGAGGCCAACCUGACAUCAACUGCUGCGCAUUUGCAGGACCUUGUAAAUAGUCCCCCUCAGGAGGAAACAUCACAGCAGCAGGACCCUGUCUCGGCAUUUCCUAAUGGCGUACACCCCCAAUUACUAUCCAGACGGCAGAGCUUGGAGACACAAUACCUUCAGCACAGACUCCAGAAAUCCAGCCUGCUCUCCAAAGCCCAAAACACUUGCCAGCUGUACUGCAAAGAACUCCCCCGAAGCUUGGAACAGCAGUUACAGGAACAUAGGCUGCAUCAGAAACGACUCUUCCUCCAGAAGCAGUCCCAGCUACAGGCAUAUUUCAACCAGAUGCAAAUAGCAGAGAGCUCCUACCCAAGGUCAAGUCAGCUGCCCCUUCCGUGCCAGGAGGAGCAGCAGCAACCACCACAGUUUGGCCUCCAGCAGCCCUUGAGCCCCGUAAUGGAGCCUUCCUCAGAACAAAUGCAAUAUGACCCUUUCCUUAGCCAAUACCAGAAACUACAGCUGGAGCAGUUGCCACCGUCACCAAUGCCCAGCUCGCCACGGCUGCAGUCACCGAUUCAAGUGCAGCAGCCGCAGUCCUUACAAUAUGCUUAUCAGACUUGCGAAUUGCCAGGCGUCACCUCUUCUGAGCCAGACUACUCAAACCAGUGCCAGUAUUCCAUGGACCCAGCACAGCAGAGCAGUGUAGCAUUGCCCGACACCCAGAGGAGCUCAGCGUCUCACGAGUCGCAGUCCAGCUACGAAGCGUUAGCCCUCUCGGAGCUGCCCGGACUCUUUGAUUGUGAAAUGAUGGAGACCGUUGACCCUCAACACAGUGGCUACGUCUUGGUGAAUUAGUUGUCCUGCAGUUCGCUUGAGAAUGGAAAGCGGGAGAAGCGAAGGGAAAAGCAUGUGAAUUUUCGUUUUUGUUCCAACCCCAAAAAUUCAUGGCUUAUUUUCCAACCUUUGACCUAGUGGAGGAUCUAUAAAACCACCUGCUUGCUACAAGCAGGGGAUGGCUAAGGGCAUGUAGUCAGUGCCCCAUCGCAGAAACCUUGUGGCAGAGGCUGGAGACAGAGGGUGCGACUUGGUCAGACCAAGAACCGGUUUGCAGAUAAGAUGACAAAAUGCAUCUUUAGGAAGGAAGGAAACGGGCCCUUCCGAAAAAAUUGGACACUGCUAGCGUCCAUCCACUACCAGAACAAACCUGGUAAAAAUCCUGUAAAAGUAAGGAGAAUGAAUGCAUAUUGCAUUGUACUUCUUGGCAAUAAAAGCAAUAUUUUUCAUUAAAACACAGCAAAGACUUCGGUAUCUUGAUGGCAACUCAAGAGCUCUUGAAACGUGCGUGGCGGACUUCAAGGAAAGUUGCACUUUGGCUUUGGAUUGCUGGUUGUAAGCUACUGAUCUUGAAAUAGUCCUUAGCAAGUCUCAGAAAACACCAGGCAUCUCCAGCAGUCUCCACAUCCUCCUGCUAGCAAAUAAGUUUUUUUCCCAAACUUGCCAAGAAACUCCUAAUUGCCCAUCAUGGGAAGUUUCCAGAUCUUUAACAAACAAAAUAUACACACACACACACACUGACCUAGUGAAAAGAUACCUGGAUCUGACUUGAAGCUCUGCGGUGUGUUGAGAGACCUCCUGAUGAGGCGCAGGAACUGCCACAAUGUGGAAAGAGGAAGAAGGUACCAAGAAAAGAACUAGACCUUCAGCAAAUGACAAAGAAAUCAGCCAGGGCAGCAUUAAAAACCAAGUCUUUUUGCAGACAACCUCUUGUGGAGACCUCGGUCUUGGAGUAGCUCUGGUCACGAGAAAGGAGACAUCUGUCCUUUGUUGCUUUUUAAAAAUAACUGUGUUUUGAAUUUACAGUAUACGUUGCUGGUGGUUUAUUAAGCUUUGUAUAUUUGGACAAGUAUUUAGGGUUUUAGAACUUAAGGACAAAGCAACGAGCUUAAAAAGAAAAAAAAAACCCAUGUGAAGUGAUAGUGCUGUGCCUUUUUGGGUUCUUUAUCAGACUAUAUGCUUUUUUUUCUGAAGAAAGUAGACAAUACCCCAUUUAUAUCCAUGCUACAGCCAAAGUCCCUUCAGAGCAUGUGUUCCACCAUGUGGAACAGUGUUUAACUUCAUGUUUUGAUUGCUCAUAUGUAUAUAUAUGACAUGUUAAAAAUAUUACAGCAAUAUUUAGUGUCGAGAACUCUUGAUGUACUAACCAUUUCAACAGAUACUCAAGCCUAGCAAGCGCGAGUCUCCAAACCUGCACAGUUCACAACACGCCAGAUGCCAGGCGGGCACGUUUGAAAUCCAGAGAGAGCCUACGGCCAAUCCUGUAACUUGGGAUUUGUUACUAAAGUGUUGAAAAUACCAUGGGACGCCAUCGGAGGAGAAUCAGACAUCUCUGCCUGCCUUCUGCCAAGCCUAGAAUGAAGCCCUUUUCUGAGCAGAUGAACACAUUAAGCACAACACAGGUUCACUAAAGCACAAAGAACAGUGGAGAAUCUGCACUGAUCUUGCUGAUGGGGAAUACCGCCCCUUAGCUGGAAACUUUCCCCUUUGUGUUAGGUUACACAAACUGAGCUCCUCAGUCAGAAGGAUGCUGGCAGCUCCACUUAUAUUCAUCACCGCACAGAUUUCAACACUGCCUCUGACUUUGCUCUGAAACCAAAGUCUUGUUGCAAGUUCCCACAUUCAGACCUUGGACUUUGGGGGUGGGUUGAUCGCUUCAAAUUGUGUCAUGGAGAGACCCGCCUGUUGCUCAUCACACACCAAAGCAUUGACUUGAGUUGCUGCUGGAGGGAAAGAAUUCCUGGUAGGCUGAGAAGGGCCCAGGAUGGUUAGAAGUAGAGAUAUCCAAUAAAGCCUCGAAGUCAGCACAGGUCAGGCUGCAGAAAAGCUGCCUUUCCCUUCACUGGAGACAUGAACAAUCAGCCAGCACACAGAGCAAUAAUGCAGUACUUUACGUACACAGUCAAGGGUAAGUAUCCAGUGACUGCAUCACCCUCAGCUUUGAAAGGGAAAGGGCCAACACAGCUGGCAGCAGUUGCCUCAUAUCCUAGUAGGCUAAAAUUUGACUGGCACUUCCUCCGGAUACAGCCCAUCAUGUAGUAUUAGUCACUCAUCCACUUGUGCCGCAAUCAGAUUUGUUCAGCCAGGACUUGGAAGUCACCUCUGAUACCCCAGCACUUUGAGAGACAUUACCAGUGGGAAAUUUGAGCCCCUGGGUGAUCAUCUGAAGCACAGGUACCUCACCAGGCGAGCGUGUCCCCUGCCCCUGCAUGCAGAGGGAGGGGGCCGAGGGGACCACCAGUAGUCCAGAUCCGGCAGGGUUCGGCAGUCGGCCUGAAGGAUUCAAGGGACUUCACGUAGCGUGCAUAAGCGCCUUUUGCCUGGCCCCUGCCCUCAGCCUGAACGGGCUGGCCGAGAAAGCACCAAACAGCUGAAGAGACUUCACGUGCCCAAAAACCAGCCCCUAGGGAAGCCUGCGCUCUGCUAGCCCCUUGUGAACUGGCCGCCACGCAGCAGAGGGCCAGAGACCAAGCGCCUCACUGCAGCGAGCCACCAUGCAAAGGAAAACAUGGCAGCCAAGGGCCUCCUAAUUAAACCUCAGCUCAGCCUCUGGAAAUGCCAGCCCGAGGAGAUGCAGAGGGAGGGCAUGUGGGACAUCUCUGGAGUCCCCACUGCAGAGGGGAGUGAGGUUACCAAAUAGCUUGUCCUUUUCGUCACUCUUUCCAUGACACAGCUACAGGCCGGACAAGCCACGGGCACAGCAAGCUGAGGUAGUUUGGGCAUCGGGGGCACAGAUCAAGCCACACCAGUUAUCCCUUUCCCAGAGAGUCCCAAUUCAGAUUGAUUUGAGCCUCCCAAUGCAGGUAUUUGGGGAGCUCAAAUUGGCAAACGCAAUGGAUGAGAAGUAGCUUAGGUGACUCUCCCUCAGCCAACAACCUCCUUACCAUUUCCUUUCAUUUCCUUCAAGCCAGUUAGAGCACGAGACUUCUAAUACCACACUAGAGUAUCCAUUGGGCACUAUUCUUCGUAUUCACGCUGCUUUGAAAUGACUUUUUUGUUCAAGUCUGUUGUGUCUAACAUUAGAGGAUUGUGUAUACUACUGUACAGUAAUUAUUAGCUUUAUUAUCUUGUAUUACAGGCUCCUUUGAAGAGACUUUGGUGAGAUGUAUAUGGGGUAAAAAUUUCAUAUGGAGAAAAGUGCAAUAUGUGUGUGUGGUACGUUCUUUAAUGUAUUUUUUUAAAGAGGUAGAGGGGUUAGUCUUUGCUUUGGGAUAAAUGCACUAGUUUUGUGAGCUCCAGUUUGACAAGUUCAUCUGUAGUAUUUACAUGCAACUGGUAUGCUGGACUCUGUAAAGCAAUUACAGAGUAUUAAUACGAAAUAAAGAGGAUGUACAUUUCAUUUUUAAAUCGCCAA